AUGAAUGGGUGUGGCCAAACCCUGAAGAAGAACACAGGAGUACAGACAGAGUACACAAAUACACACCUCCUCGCUGCAAUGCCAUUGAUUUCUGCUGUUCUGUAUUGGGACAUCGUGCUAUUAUGGUGUGAACCCGAGCGGGGCGAACAAUUGGCGUUCGCUACCUUGGACUAUGUUGAUGUGUGCUCCAUUGAUGACCCUGUGACCCGGAAUUUGACCGUUUUCUGGACAUUUGCUUUCCCAGAUUCGCUUCUGAGUUCCUUUCUUUCUGAUUUUUAA